UGUUGGCUAACGUCGGCGAAGACAAAACACAUUUUGUUUGGAAUUCAAGAUUUUAUUUUCUUUUUACCUAACGUUUCAACUUUUUGAAUUAUUUUUUAAACGAAAAGUGUUGACAUGGCCCGCACUGAACUGGAGAAAAAGACUAAGCGCCAAGGCAAAAAACGCUCGCACGAGUCGGCUGGAAGCGCGGAACAUGCGGCCAGCGACGACGAGGUGGCCAACAAAAGUUUGAUCCUAGAGCCACAGGUGGAGCAACAGGCGGUCAAUACAGAAAAGGCGACAAAGAGGCGCCAAAAAGGCGAAGAAACAUUGGUCACCAAGAAACGCAGCAAAAAGUCUUCAACGGAGGAGCACGAAGGCGAAGAAACGGCUCCACAGAAACCGUUUAAGAGAAAACAAGUCCAGGAAACAAAGAAACCCGUAAAGGAGAAGCGCAGCAAGCAGGAAACCCACUCGGAGGACGACGAAGAGGACUCCCAACCCACGGAAGAGCAGUUAAAGGAAGCAUCUCUUCCGGAAAAUUCCAACGCAGUGGUCACCGUACGCCAGAAGAAGAAGCAGAAGCACCAGCAGCGCCUCGAGGCCCAAAAGAGCCAGAACUCCAACAAAGAGGCCAAAGUCAACAAGGAAUACCUCCUCAAAUGGAAGGAGUCGCGUCAGGAGUGGAAGUUUAAUAAACUUCGACAGAUUUCCAUUCAGCAGACGGCGUUCGACGAAAAUAAAUUAGAAGCGGAUCUGUGGCCCACAGCCCUGGAGUACUUGGCCAGUUCCCAGGGCGCAGCGCGUUCGAAGAUCAGCCAACUGGCUGAGGAGGUCAUCCAGAAACUAGACAAGGAGGCCGAGAAGUUGGAGGACGAGUCCGAGCGGCAGAAACUGAUCGAAUCCACGCGAUAUCAGCGGGCACGCGAUCUCCUCCAGAACUUCGAUUAGUUCUUAGGUUGUUCAAGUUUUAUCUAGACAGUAAUAAGCCCUUAUAUAAUUUACAAAACUACAAAAUCAAAUCAGAUUAAACCCACAUUUUUAGAAAAAAA